AAGAUAAAAGUCAACACCAUUUUCCCAAACAUGAUUCUCAUACUCACGCUCUUCUUCCUCCUGAACCCUCCGCUAACACACCUAAUAGUAGUAGCAAACAUAGAAACAUGCUUAGACAGUGUUUGCAAAACGAAGGAACCACUAAUCCGAUUCCCCUUCUACAAAAAGGAAAAGCAAGGAAAGACAUGCGGAUACCCAGGGUUCAGAGUAUCAUGCAGCGAGGAAGGCCAAACACUGCUCAACCUACCUUAUUGGGGAGAACUCAGAAUCCAAGAAAUAAACUACGCCACACAGCAACUAUGGGUUAACGACCCCAACAACUGUCUGCCGAAACGCCUUCUCUCUCUCAACCUUUCUGCCUCUCCAUACGACGCCGUUUACUACCAAAAAUUCACCUUCUUCAACUGCUCCUUCAACCUGGAGUACCUCGUCCAUCGCUACAACCCCAUACCUUGUCUUAGUGAUUCCUCUAAAUAUGCCGUUUUCGCAACACCUUCUCCCACCGUCCACUCGUACUUGUCAUCUGUUUGUGAUUUCGUUGAGACGUUGAAGGUGCCGGUUCAGUCGCCGUUUUACGAUCAUGUUUUGUCGUCUGACCUCAGCGAUGACCUACGUCUGUCGUGGGAUUCGCCGGCGUGUGGGAGGUGCGAGUCCCACGGUGGCCGCUGCGCCUUCAAGACCAACUCCACUUUUGAACUUGACUGUUCCUAUGUCUCUUCAGAAGGGAUUUCACGCGGUGCACGUUACGCCUUGGCCAUAUGCUUAGGGGUACCGGCGUUGCUGUGCUGCAUGGGAAUAUUGAGUUGCAUCUGCAGCAGGUUAAGAGUUGAGACCCAAGGUUGGGCUUGGGGUCAUGAGACGGUGCCGGAUUUUGAGGCUCUAUCUGGGUCACGGCCCACCACCGUCUCAGGCCUUGAUGGGCCUACAAUUGAGUCCUACCCAAAAAUAGUUAUAGGCCAGAGCAAACGCUUACCCAUGCCAGAUGAUAGGACCUGCUCAAUAUGCCUCUCUGAGUAUGUGCCCAAAGAGACAGUGAAAAGCAUACCUGAAUGUGGACAUUGCUUUCAUGCACAAUGCAUCGAUGAAUGGCUUCCACUGAACGCGUCGUGCCCAAUUUGCCGAACUUCUCCCCGAAAGCUACCACAACCCCUUGCACGAUCAUUAUCAUAAUGCUUUAAUUUUUUAUCUCCCAAUUUUAUACACCAAUUACUUGAGUUCAGUCGCUAAUGCUAUUGAAAUAUGCGUACUCUUUUCUUUUUCAGGACAGGCAUAGUUCGUCAAAUACUUCGUUCUCCUGCAUUGUAAUGUGAGACAUAUCUUACAACCCAUAAUGUAAAUUCUUUGCUAAAGUAACCAUUAUGCUUGGUGAGCCUAAAAUGUCUGUAAUGAAUCAAA